AUGCAAGAAACACUUGGUGGACCAAAUUCAAUUCACCAUGCACUAGGUCAGAUUAAUAGAGAAACACCUAGUGGACCAAAUCUUAUUCACUAUACACUAGGUCAAAUUGAUAAAGAAUCACUUGGUGGACCUGAUCCUAUUCACCAUGCACUAGGUCAGAUUGAUCGAGAAACACCUGGUGGACCAAAUCAUAUUCACCACGCACUAGGUCAGAUUGAUAGAGAAUCACUUAAUGGACCUUAUUCUAUUCACCAUGCACUAAGUCAGAUUGAUCGAGAAACAACUAGUAGACUAAAUCUUAUUCACCAUGCACUAUGUCAAAUUGAUAGAGCAUUACCCGGUAGACCUGAUUCUAUUCACCAUGCACUAGGUCAGAUUAAUCAAGAAAUACCUGGUAGACCAAAUCCUAUUCACCAUGCAUUAAGUCAUAUUGAUAGAGAAUCACCUGGUGGACUAGAUCUUAUUCACCAUAAAUUAGGUCAGGUUGAUAGAGAAACACCUAGUGGACCAAAUCCUAUUCACCAUGCACUAAGUCAGAUUGAUCGAGAAACAGCUAGUGGACUAAAUUCUAUUCACCAUGCACUAGUUCAAAUUGAUCGAGAAAUACUUGGUGGACCAAAUCCUAUUCACCAUGCAUUAGGUCAAAUUGAUAGAGAAUCACCUGGUGGACCAGAUCCUAUUGACCAUGCACUAGAUCAAAUUGAUCGAGAAACACCUAGUGGACCAAAUCCUAUUCACCACGCACUAGGUCAAAUUAAUAGAGAAUCACAUGGUGGACCUGAUCCUAUUCAUCAUGCACUAGGUCAAAUUGAUCGAGAAACACUUGAUGGACCAAAUUCUAUUCACCACGCGCUAGGUCAGAUUGAUCGAGAAACACCUGGUGGACCAAAUCCUAUUCACCAUGCACUAGAUCAGAUUGAUAGAGAAACAUCCGGUAGACCAAAUAUUAUUCACCAUGCACUAGGUCAGAUUGAUCAAGAAAUACUUGGUGGACCAAAUCCAAGGUGCAGUAGGUCAGAUUGA